AUGGCGAAAGUAAGAGGGAGAAAACAUUUAAAAAAGGCUCAAAAAGAUGAGUUCACACCGGUGUCCGAUGUUUCUCUAACGCAAAAUGGAAAUGAGGUACCAGAACAACAAAUUGAAAAUGAUGGUUCAGACCCACAAAUGUUCUUUGGUAUUUUAGAUCGAGAGGAAUUAGAAUAUUUCAAACAAGCAGAAGCUACUUUGGCCAUGGAUGCAUUUGAAUCAGUCGAAGAGAAACAAAGAUUUGUCACUAAUAUCGUUGAAGAAAUGCAAGGUAAAGAACUGAAGCUUGUGACUUCACAGAUUUGUUCGAAAUUAAUGGAGCGUGUUAUAUUAAUCUGCAAUGAUUCCCAAUUAAAGCAUAUUUUCAAAUCAUUCAACGGAUUCUUUUACAACCUAUCAUGCCAUAAAUAUGGUUCGCAUGUCAUAGAAACAUUAUUGGUCAGAGCUACCGCACUGGUGGAGAAAGAACUGCUGACUCCAAGUUUUGAUUCUAUAGAUACGGAGGGGGACGAUAAUGGUGAAGGCUUUGGCACAAUGGAAAACAUGUUUUUGUUCAUGAUUAAUGAGUACAAACCCCAUAUUAAAGUGAUGAUUAAUCAUAAUUACUCCUCUCAUGUUCUGAGAUUAAUAAUCUUGAUUCUAUCAUCGAAAAAACUACCAAAAACCAAUCAAAACAACUCCGCUUUGCGUUCCAAGAGAUCGAAGAUUGCGCGGAAGAUGAUUGACAUAAAGGAUAAUGAUGAUUUCGAUAAAAUGUACCAAACGCCAGAAUCUUUUAAGCUGGAGCUACGUGAAUUAAUUGCGUCUUUAUUCAAGGAGUUCACAGGAGAAGAAAUUAAAGCUCAUCCAGAUGUUAGUAUAUCAAUCGUUACAAAAUUCAGAGCGUUAUGUGUUGAUAAAGUGGCAUCACCUGUAAUACAAUUGAUCAUCCAAGUAGAAGGUAUAUUCGAUAGAGACCGUUCAUUUUGGAAAUUAGCGUUCAAUACAAAUGAUGAAAAGAAUCCCAAGGAAGAAUCGUUCAUGGAAUAUUUGCUGUCAGAUCCUGUUGGCUCUCACUUCCUUCAAAGUGUUAUUGGGUUCGGUAGGGUGAAAAAUGUGGAAAGACUUUAUUAUUUAUACAUAAGAGACAGAAUUGUAAAGCUGGCUAAGAGAGACUCUACCGGUGCAUUUGUUGUCCAAGCGCUAUUAGAGAUUUUAAAAGCGAAAGAAGUAAAACAGAUUUUGGAUGCCAUCGUGCCAGAAUUAAGUAUGCUUUUGAACUCAAAUAUGAAUUUCGGUACUGCCAUAAUUGACGCAAGUAUAAAACAGGAUAAUUAUAAGAGAGAAGAGGUUAUUGAACAGUUGAUAGAAAAAUAUUAUCGCAGGGAGUCUACAGAGAAGAAUAUUUUAGAAAGCUGCUUACAACUAAGCUCAUCUACUUUGGGCAAUACGAGAGACGAUUGGCCCACUGCAGAGGAGAGAAGAAGAUCCUUGUUCCUGGAAAAACUAAUUGACUUUGAUGGUAAGUUUUUAGAUAUCACUAUCGACACUAUGCUAUCGCUACCAGAAGAAAGAUUUUUACAAAUGUGUUUUCAUGGAGUCUUCUCGCAUGUUGUCGAGCAUGUAUUACAGCCUCAGCGUGUAAACACCGUGAAAAGGAAAAGGUUGCUCAAUGUUCUCUGUAAGGAUGUGGUAAAUCUAGCGUGUAAUGCAUACGGUUCGCAUAUUUUGGAUAAAUUAUGGUCUUUUACUGCAAAACUAACAUUAUACAAAGAGCGCAUAGCAGGAGCAAUGAAUCAAGAAUCCGAAAAGGUUAAAAAUAGUGUAUAUGGUAGGCAAGUCUGGAAAAACUGGAACAUGGAGCUAUAUGUUCGAAAAAUGUGGGAUUGGAAGAUGCUAGUCAAAGAACAAGAAACUGAAAUUUUCCCCGACUCGAAGCCACUUCAGCCAACGGACCACAAGAGAAACAGCAAUAAACGUUUUAGAAACAAUACAGAAAGUAAUCCAUAUAAUUCGUCUUCAAAACGUGCCAAUCAAAAUAAAAACAACGUUCCAUUAGGCAAACAAAUCUAA